CUGUUUGAUCCUCGUCGCUCUUCUUCUCCUCUUCUCUGCUUCGCCACAGAUACCAGCAACAAUCAACAUCAUCUACAAUGACCGGCCGCACCUUCUCAUCUGGAGUCUACUGCCCGCUCGUCACUCCCUUCAAGGAGGGGUCCUACGACGUCGACUUUGAGGCUUACAAAGCCCAAGUCCUCCGUCUCGCUGCCGCGGGCAUGGGCCUUGUUCUUCACGGCACAAACGGCGAGGCGGCCCAUCUCUCCAACGAAGAGCGCGUCGAAAUGGUCGCCGUCGGCCGCAAGACCCUCGACAGCGCCGGCUUCACGCAGGUCCCCAUCCUCGUCGGCACCGGUACCGGCUCUGCGCGUGAGACCGUCGCCCUCACUACCAAGGCCGCGGCCGCGGGUGCUGACGCCGCCAUUGUCAUUCACCCGGGCUACUACGCCUUUGCCAUGGGCUCAAACAAGGCCGCCCUCAAGGCCUUCUUCACCGAGUGCUUUGACAAGUCUCCUAUUCCCGUCAUGAUCUACAACUUCCCCGGCGCCGCCGCUGGAAUUGACCUGGACUCAGACACAAUCAUCGAGCUCUCAGAGCACCCCAACUGCUUUGGCGUCAAGCUCACCUGCGCCGGCAUCGGCAAGGGCCACCGUGUCGUCGCCCACACCUCCACUUCCGAAUACAAAGCCCGUCACCCCGCCAAGCAGGAGUUCCUAGUCCUCCCCGGCUUCAGCGACUAUCUCUUCCCUGCCCUGACUACCGGCCAGCACGGCUGUAUUACCGGAACUGGAAACGUCUUCCCCAAGCUGAUCGUCGCUCUCUUCAACGCCGCACAGGACUACAUUGCCGCUCCUACUCCUGAGAAGUUUGUCAAAGUCACUUCUCUUCAGACCAUCGUCUCUGAAGCCGACUGGGUUAUCGUCAAGGCUGGCAUCUCUGGCACAAAGUAUGCUUUGAACAAGUACGUCAAGCCUGGCUUGGGUGGUGUCACUCGAUCACCUCUUCCUCCUGUUUCUGAUUCGGUCAUCGCCCUCUGCGACGAAGGACUCAAGAAGGCUUUCGAGGUCGAGAACAGCUUGUAGAGCAUUAGUUUUUAAUUCAUUCAUAUCAUCACCUUAUCGAUUUCUAUGACUAUAUGUUAUCAAUAAAGACAGUCUUAAUCGCCA